UCUCUCCCUCAGUCGCAGUCUCAAGCGCACCCAGUCAACGUGACGCACUCGUCGCCGACACUUUGCUCACUUUGGUUUAUUUUGCCAUACAGAAAACAUUUGCAGCAGCCGCUAACCAAACAAACAAAAAAAAAAAGACCUGAGCUACUGCUGCUGGCACGGGCCGUGACGAGGGUGCGUGGUGCCUGAACCGCUGGAGCUGCGCGUAACUGAGACGGAGCAGGUGGAUGGGUGGAUGGAUGGAUGGAGGGACGCACGGAAGGAAGGCUAGAUGGACGCGCGCACUCUGUAAAGACAUCUUGGCAAUUGGCACGAUGGAUUUGAUACAAGGAGGACAUUUUCUAUUUAAAACGUCCGAGCUGUUUGUUCCCAAGAUCGAUUGAAUAAACAUUUGUCUCCGCUAGCGGCACAAUGCCCUCCCUCGAUCAUCUCUCGAACCUGGCUUAUUGCAUGUAUGCACACGACGGACGACAUGGAGCCAGCCCUCCCCGCCUAGAUCAUUUGACCCACGGUGAUGCGUUCUUGUGGUCAUCUGCGAUGUGAUGCCAACACCCAUUUGAGCUAACUUUGACUCUGUGACGAUGGCGCUGGAUCAAUGGUCAUUCCUCUCGCCUCCACCAAACAUGACUAUCCCCGAGCCGCUCCUAUACGACAGCUACCUCCAAGGGAACGAGUCGGACCUGGACCUGAACCUGACGGGAGAAAGCAAGGAACCCCACCAGGACAAGACCAGCUCAGUGGUUAUCACUUUGAUUUACUUCAUGGUGUGCGCGGUGGGGCUCUGCGGCAACGCCCUGGUCAUUUACGUCAUCUUACGCUACGCCAAAAUGAAGACGGUGACCAACAUAUACAUCCUCAACCUGGCCGUGGCCGACGUGCUGUGCAUGAUGAGCCUGCCCUUCAUCGCCUUACAGCUGGCAUUGGUGCAUUGGCCCUUUGGCGAGGCGCUGUGCAAAGUCAUUUUGACUGUGGACUCUCUCAAUCAGUUCACCAGCAUAUUUUGCCUCACGGUGAUGAGCAUCGAUCGCUACCUGGCCGUGGUUCACCCUAUUAAGUCGACAAAAUGGCGGAAGCCCCGGGUUGCCAAGUUCAUCAACUUGACAGUGUGGGGCGUGUCGCUGUUAGUCAUCCUACCUACGAUGAUCUUCAGCGGUCUGGACAAGGUACCGGUCUGCGGGAUCGUUUGGCCCGAGCCCCAGGACGCCUAUUACACCGCCUUCAUCUUUUACACCUUCUUCAUUGGAUUCUUCCUUCCCCUGGCCGUCAUAUGCCUGUGUUACCUGUUCAUCAUAGUCAAGGUCAAAUCCUCAGGCAUGCGAGUGGGCUCGACCAAACGCAAACGAUCGGAACGUAAAGUGACCCGCAUGGUCUCCAUCGUGGUGGCCGUCUUCGUCCUCUGCUGGCUGCCCUUCUACAUUUUCAACGUCACCUCGGUCACCGGCUCCAUCAACCCGACGUCGGCGGUGAAAAGCACCUUUGACUUUGUGGUGGUGCUGGGCUACGCCAACAGCUGCGCUAACCCCAUUCUCUACGCCUUCCUGUCGGACAACUUCAAGAAGAGUUUCCAGAAGGUGCUGUGUCUCAAAAAGGUGACCGGCCUGGAUGAAAUGGAUCGCAGUGACAGCAGGGUGGACAGGAGCAGGGUGGACAGGAGCAGGAUGGUCAAUCACGCGCUCGUCAUCAACGCCAACUUGGAGGCGCAUAAUGCGGCGCUGCUCAACGGAGAGCUGCAGACCAGCAUUUGAGGGAGGGAGGGAGGGAGGACUGGCUGAGGAACACAAGUGAACCAAGCAACUGUUGGCUACGGGGCGGGGGGGACUGAUGCAAUAGCCCACCCGCCGUUCUAUGGACUCCGCUCGAUGAAGUAAGCCAGUCGGAGCAGUUUCACAACAGAGAUGGUAGGUACAUUGACCCAACUGUUUGAGGCAACCUGCUCUCAUUGACCCUGAACACUCAAUAAGCCCCCUGACUAACGGCAAACACAAGUUGGACGCUUACGUCACUAGGCCCAGUUGGGCUCGUGUUGGAGGGAGGAUCUGCCGAUAGAAGGGCUACGUACGUUAUGUGUGAGGAAGAGACCCCAUUCUUGUGGGUUAGGAAACGGGAUGCCAUUAGGCACUGUCUUCACGAAAGGGAAGGCAGG